CGCUUACACGCACGAGCGGCUGUAUAAAACGCGUUUACAGACACGUCCGUCGGUUCAUCGCAAAGGCAGUGCUCGUUCUACCUCCCCCCCCCCUCCCCCCCAAAGAAAAAACAAUUUUUCAACGGCAAACAUCCCAAAGUUGGUUUUACGCCUUCGUCAUCGAACAGGUUUGUCGCCAGGACGCUCUGGACCAGUGCUGGGUCGGUGCUAACCAUGAUGCGCAGCGUCGCCCCUCUGUGCGUCGUCGUUGCCUUUGCUAGCGCUGUGGUGCAAAGCCCCCCAGUGGGGCCAUCUAUUGCAGAAGCGGAGAAGCGAGUGCACGAAUUGGCGCAAAUACUUGCUGACGUCAAAAAUACCGUUCAACCGCGGCACUGCGGUGACCUCCUGCGGUCUGGACAGAGCACAAGUGGGGUGUACACCAUAUUCCACAAGGCUGCCGGUCCGUCCGGGCAGAGGGUCUACUGCGACAUGGAGAUGGACGGCGGAGGGUGGACGGUGAUCCAGAGAAGGGGACAGUUUGGCAACAGAGUGUUCCACUUCUAUCGAAACUGGACGGAGUAUGCGAAUGGUUUCGGGAAUCCUUCUGAUGAAUACUGGAUCGGCAACCAUGCCCUCCACACGCUGACUUCCGGCGACGAAGAGAUGGCUCUCCGCGUCGUGCUGAGUAACAACACGGAGGACAGCGUGUCGGUCGACUACGAGAGCGUCCGGAUUGCGUCGGAGGCCGACCUCUUCAAGAUUCAAGUGGGGAAGCACCUCGGACCCGCAGGAUGGGAUGCCUUCAACGUGAAUGGCCAGAACUUCUCCACUUUCGACCGUGAUAAUGACGUGUGGCCGCAGAACUGUGCGGUCACAUUCCGUGGCGCCUGGUGGUACGGCUCGUGCCAUGGGUCCAACCUGAACGGCCUGAACCUAAACGGCCACCACGACAGCUACGCCGACGGCAUCGAGUGGAGCGCUCGUGGUGUCGGCGCCCCCGGCGUACAGAAAUACUCGUACCCCAGCGCUUUCAUGAUGAUCCGACCAACAGGUUUCCUCUUAGACCGAAGAAUAAGUGUGACAGUGGCUGCACCUUCUUCAUAAUCGAAGGCGUGGUGCGUGGUAGUGCGUACCGCGAUCGAAAGCUAUUGGCGUAUCACUAAAGCCCGGAUCGUCUGUCGUGACGCCAACUGGCUGAAAUCAUCCAACUCAGGCUACUAAAUAAAAUAAGGAAUGAUGAUUUUUGUUUACUA